AUGAAGGCAUCUCUAUCUCUCCUUGUUCCCUUUGUUCUUCCUUUGGCCGCGGCUCAAUGGGGAGGUGGCAGUGGCAGUGGUGGCAGCCAAACUACGACGACGACUGCUGCAACCACCACUAUGAGCAGUUCUUCUUCAAGCUCCACUCACUCCGUUAAUGUUGGAAAAGACGGCUUCACGUUUGAACCGGAUACCCUAAUGGUCUCCCCUGGAGACGAAGUCGAGUUCCACUUCUUUCCGGGCGAUCACUCGGUGGCUCAAGCCGCAUUCAAUAAUCCAUGCCAACCCAUGAGCUCCAGCAGCUUCUACAGCGGCUCGUUCCCUGGUAGUUCCGAGUCGUCUAACGUCUUUGUCCUGACCGUCAACGACACAAACCCCAUCUGGUUCUACUGCGGACAAGUUGGGCACUGCCAGGCCGGAAUGGUUGGGGUGAUCAAUCCACCUUCUAGUGGCGCGGAUACCCUCGAAGCAUUCAAGAAGGCGGCGUCGGGUACAAAGAGUUCCAACGUGCCAGCAAUGGUCCAGGGUGGUGUUAUCCAGGCCGCGAGCGAGGACAAUAAUGACAAGCCCUCCUCCACUUCGACCGCUGCCAGCGCAACCUCUACAAAUGGAGCAAAGGGUGUACGGCCGUGGGCUGAAUUCAGUGUCGUGUUCGUUCUGACUUCCAUGGUGGCCAUGUUCAUGGCUUAG